AUGGGCUCCUAUUUUGCCAUAAAGGAUCAGAACAGGAGUAAUACACACUUUACUACAGAGGUAAUACCAUCAAUCGAUAGAUUUUCAAUACGAGAUUACAUAUCGAUAUCGAUUAUGAGUGGUAGUGGAAGCAUUGUAUUUCGAACGCCAUUGCAGCCGGAUGAGAAUACUUUCUAUAGUCAACAAUUCCGCCGGCUCGAUAGAGAAGAUUUGGGUAUUGUUACAGGUGAAUCUGUAAAGCCAUUGUUUGCAGCAUCUGGAUUGUCAGCAUCAUCGUUAUCGCAAAUAUGGGCUGCUGUGGAUACGGAUAACAAGGGGUUUCUAAACCAUACAGAGUUUUCUGCAGCAUUGAGAAUGAUUUCACAUUUGCAGCAGAGACCAAAUUUACCUGUUACACCAGCGCUUUACGAAACACCUUCUGGCAGAUUACCAGUACUUGGUGGGGGUAAUGUUAGUGGUUCCAACACAUCAACACCCUUGGCAGCAGGUGCAACAAUGGCUGGUAACAAUGAAAAUGCGGCUUCACCAGUGGCAACUUCACCAAUUCGUGCGACUUCUUCCAAUCUUUCAGCGAUUCCACUAAUUCCUCACCAAGAUGUGGCAAAAUUUUCUCAACUUUAUGAUAGAACUGCCAUGGGAACUCCUGCUUUACCGGGUGAUAAGGCAAAGGAAAUCUUUAUGAAGGCAAGGUUACCAACAAAUACGUUAGGGGAAAUUUGGGCUUUAUGUGAUAGGAAUGCUUCUGGUUCAUUGAGCAAGCAGGAAUUUGUUAUGGCCAUGUAUUUGAUUCAAUUGAGCAUGUCAAGACAUCCAUCUGUGACACCGUUGCCUGGUAGCUUACCCAACCAACUAUGGAACUCAAUCAACACAGCAACGACUUCUUCCAAUGUACCAAACACUACCGUUGCCAGUCCUAGCAGUGGGACAGCACCAAUAAGCGCUAAUUCCACGGGUAAACCUUUGUCUAGGCAAAAUACCUUACAAAGAUUGUCCAGUGGUGUCUUUACCAGCGCUUCCACGGAUUGGUCUUUAGGCUUUGAUAAAAAAAGACAAUUUGAUGCUAUCUUUGAUAGUUUGGAUAAAAACCAUACUGGUUCAUUGGGGGCAGCUGUGCUUGUUAAUUUUUUUCUUUCUUCAAGACUCAGUCAGGAGACUCUGGCUAGUGUUUGGGAUUUGGCUGACAUUCACAAUAAUGCAGAAUUUACCAAAGUGGAAUUCGCAAUUGCCAUGUUUUUGAUUCAAAAGAAAAACGCAGGUGUAGAACUACCAGAUGUAAUUCCAGAUCAACUCUUACAUUCACCAGCAUUGGGUCUCUUCCCCAAUCAGCAAGGUGGUAUUGCAUUGCCUCCAAGAGAAUCUAAACCUUCUUUUGCAGAGUCUCAACAGGCACCAGUUCAAGUACGUCAAAACUCUAAUAAUGGAUCUUUAAACGAUCUCUUGGCACUAAACCACUCCUUUACUUCACCACCACCUCCACAACAGCCAGCUCCGCGUCAAACUUCAAGCUUUUCCCGUGACUCUACUGGUGGUUCUAUACCAAUCAAUAGUUACGGCCAUGCUGCUGCUGCUGGCGGUGGUAUGACUAGAAAUUAUACACCACAAGCAGAUUUGGGACAAAAUGUGAUUAGAGAAGAAGCAGAAGAGAGUUCUCAUCCUUACCGUCAACAAACUGUGCAACCUAGAAAUAUGGCUCCCCAAUCACCACAACGGGGAUCUGUCUCAGGGCUACCACAAGUGGGCGGUUAUGGAUCGCAAAGCAUGCCUACCUCCAAUGUGGCUCAUGGUGUUAAUGCCGGCGGUCUAUCUAAAAAUAACGAUUUGUAUGCCGAUGCAGAAGCCUCUGCUCAACUUUCCAACGCUACCACUGAAGUGGCUAACUUGUCCAACCAAGUUAAUUCUUUGACUAAGCAGGCAGCUAUCACUUCCGAUAAAAAGACUAGAGCAGCUCAAGAAUUAGAGAGAGUCAAUGCGACAAAAACUUCCAUUGAAAGUAAACUGCAAAGUUUGAGAAGCUCUCAUGAACAGAAUGUGAAAGAAGCUGAAGAGUUGGAAGCAAAGUUAACAGAAGCAAACAAAGAGACAGCAGCUCUUGAACAGCAGCUAACUGUCACUGAGGGCAAUUACCAUGCGGUGGAAUCUAAGGUCACUGAAUUGACUCAAACAUAUGAGGAAGCUCAACAAAAAAACCAUCAGCUAAAAACUCAGAUCUCUAAUUUGAACGCCAUGUCUUCCACUUUGCAAGCACAACUGGCUGAAAAGCAACGUCAAGUUAAACAAGAGAGAUCCAUGGUGGACGUUAACAGUAAACAAAUGGAAUUGAAUCAAUUCACUGUGGCUAAUUUCGAAAAUGAAAUUCAAGGUCUUGGUGAGAAAUUACAAGUAUACUUGAGCAAACGUAAGGAAUUAAAUGAUUACCAAAGGACUGUUGAACAACAACAUGGUCAACUCCAAACUAAAUACCAACAAUUGGAAACAAAAAACCAAGAUUUGGCUACCCGUGGUCAGGAUUUAGAAAAGCGUAGAAAGGCACUCAAAGAACAAGAAAAGGCUUACCAACAACAAUCUGCCCAGUUACAAGCUAUGUUUGAUGACUUGAACAAGAAAAGAGCUGCACAUAGUAAAGCCUUAGCUUCUGGCUUUGAUAGUGGUGCUGGUGCUGGUGCUGGUACUCGUUCUGGUACUAGUACUGGUACUGGUGUCGGUGCUGGUGUUGGUGCUGGAAUUGCUGCCGGUCUUGCUGCUGGUGUUGGAGGUGCGGCUGCUCAUGGUGUCAGCUCUGCUAACAGAUCUCCACAAUUCAAUGAAGCGGUGGCGCCUGGUUCUAGAAAUAUCAGAGCUGAUCCUGGUGUUAACCCUGGUGUUACUCCUGGAGCAAGUGGUGCUACCCAUGAGGAUGAUGUUUCUAAGUUUGUAGAAGCAACUGUUGCCAACUCAAAGUUAGGGGGUGGUGAGGAUGAAGAUCGUCCUGAAAGUGAUGUAUUCGACAAGGAUAUCCCUACUGUGGGCUCUCAGACUGAGGCAGAUGAUGAAUUUGAAACUCGCAGAGCUCAGGAUAGGACUGAAAAUUUCACAGAUCGUUUUGAAGGUGAUUUGAACGAGUACGGUAUCCCAAGAACACAGUCUUUGACUUCUUCUGUUGCCAACAAUGCUCCUCAAUCUGUGGUAGAUGAUGUGGAGAUUCCAGACAACUUUCAAGAUAACACCACUACCAGAGCCAUUGGUGGUGAAAGGGAUUCAGCAAUGCCUGGUCAAUGGGGUGGCUCUGCACCCGCUAGUGGUGGAGUUCCAGAAGCUCCUGCUUCAAGCCAUCAAGAAUAUGGCAGUAGUAGAGGUAGUGGUUCUAUUGAAAACUUGACCCAAAGAGGUUCUCAAGAUAGAUCCGCUACUGCUGGUGAAAAAGACCUUCGUGAAAAAUAUGGUAACAUUGACGACGAAUUCCCACCUAUCCAGGAGUUGAAUGUGAAUGAAAGUGAUACUUCUUCUGACGAUGAGGUAUUCCAAGACACUAAAGAAGAUACUGGUCCGGCUUCUAAUGCUGCGCUUCAAGGAAGAAGUCACCCUAACUCUCAGGUGAGACAAGCUGCUGCUCCCCCUGGUGAAUCUUCUUCAAGAGGUGGGGAAACUUCAUUACAAGGCAGUCAGCCAUCUUUACUUGGUGAUGAAGUUUAUGCCUCCAAUGGUCCAACUCCAGGUAUGUACCAGACAGGUGGUGUUGGUCAAAAAGGUCCAAGUACAACUAACUCAUCUGCAUUUGACCAUAGAUUUUCAUCAUAUUCUCCUUUACCUUCUGGUGCUGCCCAUAACUCUGUUCCUGCGCCUACUGGGUACCGUGAUGAGUUCGACGAUGAGUUUGCUGGUUUAGAGCAAGCUAACGAGGAAGCACCUGAAUCUCCUGAUUCUAUAUAUGAAUCAAAGCCUAAUGAAGGAUCUAUGGAAGAUUUUGAGAAAAUUGAACACAAAGAUCUAGAUGAUGAAUUAAACCAAAAUGUCCCUACGGGUACCAAUACAUCAAGCUCUAGACAACCUAGAAGCCCCGAUGGCAUCAGCAACGACGAGUGGGAUGAAAUCUUUGCAGGCUUUGGAAACUCGAAACCAUCGAGCGGUGAAGGUAGACUUGAUACUAGUGCUGUUUCUGGUGUUGGUCAUGAUGUUGGUCAUGGUGCCCAUGUGGAGAGUCCAAUGCCUUCAGGAAAUGCUUCUAAAAAAGUGGAGCCACCUGUUAACCGCGGAAUUGCUACUACUCCAAGAUCCCUAGCUGUGGAGGAACUAAGUGGGAUGGGUUUCACUGAACAAGAAGCAGUAGAUGCCUUAGAAAGAUGCAAGUGGGAUUUGGAAGCUGCAACAAAUUACCUACUUGACAGUGCUUGA